UCUGAAAGAUAAUACCAGGUGACUAAAGUCAAUUAAAAACAUCCAGAAAAUUACCAAGUCUAUGAAAAUGGUAGCAGCAGCAAAAUAUGCCCGAGCUGAGAGGGAGUUGAAACCGGCUUGAGUGUAUGGAAUAGGAUCUUUGGCUCUGUAUGAGAAAGCUGAUAUUAAGGAACCUGAAGACAAGAAGAAACACCUCCUUAUUGGUGUGUCCUCAGAUAGAGGACUUUGUGGUAUUAUUCAUUCUUUGGUUGCCAAACAGAUGAAAAGUGAGGUGCCUACACUCAUGGCAGCUGGAACAAAAGUUAUGCUUGUUAGAGUUGGUGAUAAAAUCAAAGGCAUACUUCAUAGGACGCAUUUGGAUCAGUUUUUGGUGACAUUCAAAGACGUGGGAACAAAGCCCCCUACUUUUGGAGAUGCAUCGGUCAUUGCUCUUGAAUUACUAAAUUCUGGAUAUGAGUUUGAUGAAGGCUCUAUCAUCUUUAAUCAAUUCAGGUCUGUAAUCUCCUAUAAGACAGAAGAAAAGCCCAUCUCUUCUCUUAAUACAAUUGCAAGUGCUGAGAGCAUGAAUAUCUAUGAUGAUAUUGAUGCUGAUAUGCUGCAAAAUUAUCAAGAAUACAAUUUGUCCAACAUUAUCUACUACUCCCUGAAGGAGACUACCACCAGUGAACAGAGUGCUAGGAUGACAGCUGUGGACAAUGCCAGGAAGAAUGCUUCUGAAAUGAUUCAACAGCACCUAACAAGGUUGAGAAAUUAG